AUGAGAUUCUUACUUUUUGUUUAUAUUGUUACAUUUUUUAUAACUAUUUAUAGUAACAAAAAUGAAAAAACUGAAAAUCCUACUAUAGAUUAUGCUAUAAAUUUUCUUAAAAAGUUUACUAAAGAAGGAAUUAAACAACUUUCUAAGUUUAGUAAAAUAGAUGAAGUAGGUUCAGAAUAUAAAAUUUUUGAAAGUAUUAUCAAUAAAUUAAAAAAUGAACCAAAUGUAAUAAAAAAAAUAAGAAAGAUUAAAUUUCUUCAAUCCCGUCAAUGGAAAAACUUUCUGGUAAAUCCAUUAAAUUUUUGA